AUGAAUGAAUGCUUCUCCGUUUUGGUUUUUCCUCAAGCGGGAGGAGGUGAUGAAAUUAGGUUUGGGGUGUGUUAGGGGUAUAGCUUUGAGAGGCAAAAAGAUCAGGGAAAGAUCAAGCAGGAAGGAACUUACACCAGAUUAAUUUAAAUAUGUGUUACUUUUCUUCCCCCUCUCGCCCCAUCCCCACCGUGCCGUCCCCGCCCCUUCUACAGCAUUUCGAUUCCUGGAGAGCAUUACACAUGUGUCCCAUCCCAGGCCUCUAGCCACAGCAACCACACGACUCAUUUCUCCUGGAACUGAGGCUGCAUACCUGGGCUCCCCACAGAGGGGGAAUCCCACCUGCUGUGAGUCACCUGCUGGCAUAAAGGGCGGGCCUUACAAUGCAGGGACCUUAAAAGACUCAGAGACAAAGGGAGAAAAACAACAGGAAGCAGCUCACAGACUCCGUGGACAACAGAGGGAACCUUACCAGAGACACACUGAACAGAGAGAAUCAGGCUCAAAGCAAGUGGAAGUAGGCAGAGAUUCCACAAGGACUAGUGCAAGGCACAGAGCCAGCCAGAUUUGAGAAGAAGGCAAAAAGAUGCUGGGGAGCAGAGCUGUAAUGCUGCUGUUGCUGCUGCCCUGGACAGCUCAGGGCAGGGCUGUGCCUGGGGGCAGCAGCCCUGCCUGGGCUCAGUGCCAGCAGCUCUCACAGAAGCUCUGCAUGCUGGCCUGGAGCGCACAUCCACUAGUGGGACACAUGCAUCUAAGAGAAGAGGGAGAUGAAGAGACUACAAACGAUGUUCCCCAUAUCCAGUGUGGAGAUGGCUGUGACCCCCAAGGACUCAGGGACAACAGUCAGUUCUGCUUGCAAAGGAUCCACCAGGGUCUGAUUUUUUAUGAGAAGCUGCUAGGAUCGGAUAUUUUCACAGGAGAGCCUUCUCUGCUCCCUGAUAGCCCUGUGGGCCAGCUUCAUGCCUCCCUACUGGGCCUCAGCCAACUCCUGCAGCCUGAGGGUCACCAUUGGGAGACUCAGCAGAUUCCAAGCCCCAGUCCCAGCCAGCCAUGGCAGCGCCUCCUUCUCCGAUUCAAAAUCCUUCGCAGCCUCCAGGCCUUUGUGGCUGUAGCUGCCCGGGUCUUUGCCCAUGGAGCGGCAACCCUGAGUCCCUAAAGCCAACAGCUUAAGGAUGGCACUCAGAUCUCCAUGGCCCAGUGAGGCCAAGAUAAAUCUACCACCCCAGGCACCUGUGAGCCAACAGGUUAAUUAGUCCAUUAAUUUUAAUGGGACCUGCAUAUGUUGAAAAUUAGCAAUACUGACUGACUUGUGAUGCUGACCUAUGAUAAAGUUGAGUAUUUAUUAGAUGGGAAGGGAAAUUUCGGGAUUAUUUAUCCUCCUGGGGGCAGUUUGGGGAGUAUAUUUAUUAUAUUUAUAUUAAAUAAUGUACCUUUUUCAAUAAAGACUUAUUUUUGUGGCUA